AUGUAUACUAUCAAUAACCAUUUGCAUAGAAAAACAUCAUCCAACAUAAAAAACAAUGAAGUAUAAAAAUACAACUAUCCUAAAUAACAUCAAAAACAUUCUAAUACUCAAUUAAUGUAAAAAUUAGAAGGUCUCUAAGUACUCAAGAAAUUAGUCACAGGUCCAUCUAAAUCAUUAAAUCAUAAUAAUUCUAAGACUCGAAUACGUACAGAGGGAAAUGAAAAGUAAUUUAAAGUUUAAAUGUCUAUCUCGCCAAAAAAAGAGAAAGAAAAAGAAAAAUCUGCUUCACCACCUUAAAGAAAUUCUCACUCUUAAGUUAAUGUUAUUUCAAAUCUAAUAAAUUAAAAUUUGAAUCAUACUGAAUACAAAAGAUUAACUAGGGAAUAGAGAAAUUAAAGUGUUGAUUUUUAAGCUUUAUUAUCGCAAUAACAGUAAAGGAAUGAAAAUGGUAAUUUGAAGAAUAGUACUAAAAAGAAAUUUAAUUCUUAUGGAAAUUUGAAUGAAUAAGUUUAUUUCUCAUAGAGAAGUGGAUUAUCUGAAUGCCCAUCAGCUUUGCAACUUAUUCAAAAUACAAUUGAUUAAAAAUUAAUGGGAUUAAAAGGAUCUUCUUCUAUGAAAUAAUUUCCUACUCCUCCUAUAAUAAAAUUAUAAAAACAAUAAUAAAUAACCACAAAAGAAUUCAAAGAAAAAUUAAGCAAUUUAAGCAGAGACUAGAGAUAAAAUAAAGUUGAAAUUGAAGAUGAAUUACAAAAGACAUAAAAGAAAUAAAACAAUAUUUAUAUUACCAAAUACGAUAAUCAGAAAAUAAGAAAUUAAUAAAAAGAAGAUUUAUCUUAGAGGAGUAAAUCAGUUGAUUCUUAAACUUCAAAAUCUUUAUUUGAUAAUUUAUAAAAUCAAUUUGAAUGUGAUGAAACUUAAAAAUUAAAUUAUUAUCAAACAUAAGCUAAUGAUGAGUAUAAAGGAAAUUAAUUAACUUAGAUUAAAUAAAAAAAAUUAGAAAGCAAAAUAGAUUAAUUAGUAGUUUAAGUUCAAUUAUUAAAAAAGAAAUCUGAAUAAUUGGAAUUAUAAAAUAAAUUUCUCUUUGAAAAUUUAACUUAAUUUAAAUAAGAAACAGAUUGCAACACUGAUGUAUCAAUUAUAUCUGAUAAAUUUAGGAAAGAAACAUUCUCUUGAAUAAAUUAGAUUAGAUGAUUGGAAUGUAAAAAAUGUAAGAAGAAAAUUUUAUUUUCUUUAAAUAAAUCUUUGUCAAAGGAUAAGAUUAAUCUCGAAGAAUAAAAACUGAGUAACAUCAGUAAUAAAUAGAGGAAGAAAAUUUGAAAAUAAAUCAGAAAAUAGAAUCUAAAUAAAGACCUUUUGUCAAGUCUGCUUAUUAAGGACUAGAUUUUAAUAUCUGA